CUAAAACUUCACUACCCUUCGCUGAGGAUAUCAAAAACCCUUCUUCUUUUGCCAGUACCCAAAAAGAAAAGAAAAGAAAAAAAAAACGAAAUCUACUACUCACAGUUCUUUAGAUGUUAAAUACUGAGAAAUCACAUCUCUUACUCUGCCCCAAACCCAACCCUUAAAGAAAAAAAAAAUACAAUUUUUUCCCCUGUUUCUUUAAUCCAAUAAAAACAGAGACCUAAGAAACGAGAUCAAGCCUCGUUUUUGCCGAGGAAAAGUAGAUGACCCUUUAACAAAACAAACCUAUUGGCCGGAGAGAUGGUGGCGACUCGUCGAAUCUCUUAACUUUUAUUUUUUUGAAAUUUUGUUCUGUUUCUGCUCUGUAAUGGCGUUUUGGUUACUGUGAAGUAAAGAAAUUUUGAGAGAAAGGGAUAUUUUUUUCAGUUUCCUCUGUGCGAGAGAGAUAUGGCGGUUUCAGAGCAGAGCGCAGACGUGUUUCCGUGGCUGAAAUCGUUGCCGGUAGCCCCAGAGUUCCGACCUACUCUAGCAGAGUUCCAAGAUCCGAUCGCUUACAUUUUUAAGAUCGAAGAGGAAGCAUCUCGAUACGGAAUCUGCAAAAUUUUGCCUCCUGUGCCUCCUUCCUCUAAGAAAACCGCCAUUAAUAACCUCAACCGCUCUCUGGCAGCGCGAGCAGCGGCGAGGGCUCGUGACGGCGGUGGCGCGUGCGAUUACGACGGUGGUCCCACAUUCACCACGCGGCAACAGCAGAUCGGGUUUUGCCCUAGGAAGCAGAGGCCCGUGCAGAGACCCGUGUGGCAGAGCGGAGAGCAUUACAGUUUCGGUGAGUUCGAGUUUAAAGCUAAGAGCUUUGAGAAGAAUUAUCUCAAGAAAUGCGGCAGAAAGAGUCAGCUCUCUGCCCUAGAAAUGGAAACCCUUUACUGGAGAGCCACUGUGGACAAACCCUUCUCUGUCGAGUACGCAAACGACAUGCCUGGCUCGGCUUUUAUCCCUCUGAGUCUGGCAGCUGCAAGGAGAAGAGAGUCUGGCGGUGAUGGAGGAACAGUGGGUGAGACAGCUUGGAACAUGAGGGCAAUGGCUAGAGCUGAAGGAUCAUUGCUUAAGUUCAUGAAAGAGGAGAUCCCUGGGGUUACAUCACCGAUGGUGUAUAUUGCUAUGAUGUUUAGUUGGUUUGCUUGGCAUGUGGAGGACCAUGACCUUCAUAGCCUCAAUUACUUGCAUAUGGGUGCUGCUAAGACUUGGUACGGCGUGCCAAAGGAUGCUGCUGCGGCCUUUGAGGAGGUGGUUAGGGUUCAUGGCUAUGGAGAAGAGCUUAAUCCUCUCGUGACAUUUUCUACUCUUGGUGAGAAGACAACUGUCAUGUCUCCUGAAGUAUUUGCUAAAGCUGGGAUACCGUGUUGCAGGUUAGUGCAAAACCCUGGAGAUUUUGUAGUCACAUUUCCAGGAGCAUAUCAUUCAGGGUUUAGUCAUGGAUUCAAUUUUGGGGAAGCAUCUAAUAUUGCAACUCCCCGAUGGUUGAAAAUGGCAAACGAUGCUGCCAUCCGCCGAGCUGCAAUAAAUUAUCCUCCAAUGGUCUCUCAUCUCCAGUUACUUUAUGACUUUGCAUUGGCUCUAGGUUCAAGAGUGCCAGCAAGUAUUAACACUAAACCACGGAGCUCUAGACUGAAAGAUAAGAAAAAAAGUGAAGGAGAAAAAUUGACUAAAGAGCUGUUUGUGCAAAACAUCAUCCGUAACAAUGAAUUGCUUUCUUCUCUUGGAAAAGGAUCUCCAAUAGCCCUUCUCCCGCAGAGUUCCUCAGAUAUAUCAGUUUGUUCUGAACUGCGAGUGGGAUCCGAUAUGAGAACUAACCAGGAAAAGCCAAUCCAAUUAAAAUCUGAGGACUUAGGCUCUGAUAGUGUUAUGGUCGGUCCGAAUAACGGUUUUAAGGAUGCUGUUUCUGUGAAGGAAAAGUUUACAUCUUUGUGUGAAAGGAACAGAAAUCACGUGGCAAGCAGAGAGAACGAAACUCAGGGAACUUUGGCAGAUGCUGAAAGGAGGAAAAAAGAUGGAGCUGUUGGGCUUUCGGAUCAGAGGCUUUUCUCUUGUGUUACAUGUGGAAUCUUAUGCUUUGAUUGUGUAGCUAUUGUUCAACCUAAGGAAGCAGCAGCUAGAUAUCUCAUGUCUGCAGAUUGCAGCUUCUUCAAUGAUUGGACAGUUGCUUCCGGAUCUGCAAAUCUUGAAAGCACGGAAAAGCAUGAUGUUAAUAACUUCUACGAUGUCCCUGUUCAAAUUACGGAUCAGUCAAUAAAGUCUGGUGCUCAAAAAACUUCGUCAAGUUCCAUAACAAAAGUGGAUCAGUCAAUAAAGACCGGUGCUCUUGGGCUGUUAGCUUCAGCAUAUGGAGACUCUUCAGAUUCCGAGGAAGAAGAUCACAAAUGCUUCGACAUUCCGAUUUCGGAAGGGGAAGGUGCUCCUGUAUUAGAAGCAACACCUUUUGAUACAGAUGGCAACGAGGAGGCUAGAGAUGGUCGAUCUUCUGAUUUUAAAAGCCAAAGACUUACAUGUGGGAAAGGGAAAGAGGUUGACGUAUCACAUGCUACUUCAAGUUGUUUGAAACUUUCUUGUACCAGCGAACAGAGUAGGUUGAGCAAAGGCGGGAAUACCUCACUUCUGGAAAUAGCUUUACCAUUUAUUCCAAGACCUGAUGACGAUUCCUCUCGGUUGCACGUGUUUUGUCUUGAGCAUGCUGCGGAAGUGGAACAGCAACUUCGUCCUAUUGGAGGGAUUCACAUAAUGUUAUUAUGCCAUCCAGAGUACCCCAGGAUAGAGGCUGAAGCAAAGAUAGUUGGCAAAGAGCUUGGAGUCAAUGACGAAUGGAAUGAUACUGAAUUCAGGAAUGUGACACGAGAGGAUGAGGAAACGAUUCAGGCAGCUUUGGAUAACGUUGAAGCUAAGGCUGGGAACAGUGAUUGGGCUGUGAAAAUGGGUAUUAACCUUUCUUACAGCGCUAUUCUUAGUCGCUCUUCUCUCUACAGUAAGCAGAUGCCUUACAACUCUGUCAUAUACAAAGUGUUCGGUCGCAGCUCUCUAGCAACGAGCUCACCCACGAAACCCCAAGUUUCUGGUAAAAGAUCUUCCAGACAGAGGAAAUAUGUUGUUGGAAAAUGGUGUGGGAAAGUUUGGAUGUCGCAUCAGGUGCAUCCCUAUUUGCUGCAGGAAGACUUGGAAGCGGAAGAAUCUGAAAGAAGUCAUCUGCGAGUUGCUCUGGAUGAGGAUGUCACUGGAAAGAGAUUGUUUCCUGGUUAUGUUUCGAGAGAUGCGACCACAAUGUUUGGAAGAAAGUAUUGUAGGAAGAGAAAGAUGAGGGCAAAGGCUGUCCCUCGCAAGAAGCUUACCUCUUUUAAGAGGGAAGAUGGAGUUUCAGAUGACACAUCAGAGGACCAUUCUUAUAAGCAGCAAUGGAGGGCUUCCGGGAAUGAGGAAGAGUCCUACUUUGAGACAGGGAAUUCGGGUUCUGAUGAUUCAUUAAAUCAAAUGUCUGAUCAGCAGCAGCGCAAGGGUAUUACCAGACGCCAAGGUUAUAAAGAGUUUGAAUCGGAUGAUGAGGUUUCAGACCGUUCUCUUGGAGAAGAAUAUGCUGUUAGGGGAGGUGCAGUUUCAGAGAGCUCAAUGGAGAAUGGCUGUCAGCUGUAUGGAGAGAAGCAGUCAAUGUUCGAUCAUGAUGAUGAUGAUGAUAUCUACAGGCACCCUAAAGGGAUUCCAAGGAGCAAACGGACUAAAGUUUUUAGGAAUCCGGUUUCAUAUGACUCAGAAGAAAAUGGCCUUUAUCAGCAAAGAGGAAGAGUAAGGGUAAGAGUAUCCACAAGUAAUGCGCAAGCUAGUCGAAUGGGUGGUGAGUACGAUUCAGCAGAGAAUUCACCGGAGGAAGAAGAGUUUUGCAGUACAGGAAAAAGGCAAACCAGGUCCACCGCUAAACGAAAAGUGAAAACCGAGAUAGUUGAGAGCCUGAGAGAUUCAAAAGGACGUGCAUCUGGAAAGAAGAAUCAAGAACUGGAUUCAUACGUGGAGGGACCUAGCACACGGCUGAGGGUAAGAAACCUUAGGCCAUCAAUAGGGUCUUCCGAAACAAAACUAAAGAAAACGAUUAAGAGAGGAAGCAGUCCUGCUUCCUUCUCCAGAGCUGCAAGUGAAGAAGAGUUAGAGGAAGAGGAAGAAGAAGAGAAUGAGGAAGAGGAAGAGGAACGCGCACCGUACCAAUGUGACAUGGAGGGUUGCACGAUGAGUUUCACUUCGGAUAAACAGUUGGCUUUGCAUAAAAGAAACAUCUGCCCUGUUAAAGGUUGUGGUAAAAACUUCUUCUCACACAAGUAUUUGGUUCAACACCAGCGUGUUCACUCAGACGACCGUCCUCUGAAGUGUCCAUGGAAGGGCUGCAAGAUGACGUUCAAGUGGGCUUGGUCUAGAACUGAACACAUAAGGGUUCACACAGGUGCAAGGCCUUAUGUUUGUGCUGAACCAGGUUGCGGUCAGACAUUCCGGUUUGUCUCAGAUUUUAGCCGGCAUAAAAGGAAGACCGGUCAUUCAGUUAAGAAGACUAAGAAAAGGUGAUGUAGGGUCUAUCAUGAAGAAGAGGUUUUAAUACAUUGGUCUUUUAAAAACAAAAUUGGAUUGUAGGGCUUUAGGGGUUUUAACUUUUAAGUGUCACUGUUUCUUCUCUACUUGGUGGGCUUAUUGAGUUAAAGUCUUUUAACAUUCGGAAGAGCCAUUCUUAUUGCAGACUCUUGUUGUAUUCUCUGUCAUCAUUUUUACAGUUGAAUCUGUAAACAAAUCUUGUUCAUGUUAGUUUCUUUUCUUCUUGACUUUAUAUGAUGUGGUUACAAGAAAGAUGAUUUUGAUAAAACUUGUGUGUGAAUCAA